AUGGCAAACAGAGGACCACCGAAGUACAGGAACGUCGCGCUGUUCCCUGCGAACCCUUCGACCACGCAGGCCGUGUCCACGAAGCUGAGCGCUCACAAGGAUCAGGUUAUCUACGCGAGUAAGAGCUAUAUCAUCAUCCGCGAUCUUGUGAACCCAGCUUCAUCGAAGACCUUCGCGGGACAUGGCACCAAGAACACGACCGUUGCGCGUUUCUCGCCAUCAGGGUACUACUGUGCGUCUGCGGACGAGACCGGCACUGUCAAAGUAUGGGACACCGUCGGUGAGGAUCAGAGUGUCAAGGGGGACUUCAAAGUUCUCGGUGGGCCGAUUAAAGAUCUCGCUUGGGAUGGCGAAAGCAAGCGCCUCAUCGCCGUUGGAGACGGGAGGGGCAAAUUCGCACAUGCGUUCACUUCCGACACUGGCAACACUUCGGGGGAGAUCGGUGGACAUUCCAAGGCCAUCAAUGCGGUCGCCAUCCGAAACACCCGACCUUACCGAGCAGUGACAGCCUCGGACGACGGCCAACUCGUCUUCCAUGCAGGUCCGCCUUUCAAAUUCGAGAAGGUGAUCAAGACUCACACCAAGUUUGUGCAAGAUGUGCAGUACGCACCAUCUGGAGACUACUUCGCGAGCGUCGGUUCGGACAGGAAGAUCUUCCUGUACGACGGCAAGACGGCUGAUACGAUCGCGGAGUUCACGGAGGGAGGACAUAAUGGUAGCAUUAUGGCGUGCGCUUGGAGCCCAGACAGCAAGUCGUUCAUGACUGCCUCACUGGAUACCACGGUUAAGCUCUGGGACAUUGAAUCACACAAACCCCUCUCCACAUGGACGCUCGGCAGCGGCCCUGCAGACCACGCCAACCAGCAGCUCGGCGCCGUCUUUGCUGGCACAUCUUCCACGUCGCUGAUCUCCAUCUCCAAGUCAGGCGACCUUAACGUGUUCGACCCCCGCGUGGGCGACGCACCCGCACGGAUCCUCCGCGCGCCGCAGAAGGCAAUCAAGGUCGCGAGCCCGUUCGCGGAGGACGGGAGCACGUUUUUGGCUGGAGACGCCGAUGGACGGGUGUUCAGCUACGAUGUCUCGAGUGGGGAUAGCGGUCUCAUCGGCGGACAGGGGCACACGGGAGUUGUGGGCGGGAUGACAUUGGCGCCUGGUUCCACUGGUAGUGGAGGGAGCGCAAAGGUGUUCUCGGUCGGGAAUGAUAGUACGCUGAGGGAGAUUGAGUAUGAGGGCAAGGAGGCGAAACCUGCAUCAUGUGGGACAAAUGGUCAACCUAUAUCUGUGGCCGUAACCAAGGACCGCACCGUGUUCUUCGCCGACGCUCAAUCAGUCCGCGCAAUCAGGGACAACCAGAUCCUUAGUUGGGAAGAAAAGAUACAACCCAGCGCCAUCGCUGCUGCUUCUGAAGGUGAUGUUGUUGCGGUCGCCUCCGCUAAAGAGAACGGGACCGUGUACAUCUACAAGUGGACUGACAAGCUGAACAAGAUCGCGGAGCAGAAAGGUCACGCCAACCCUAUCACUUCUAUUGCAUUGUCGUCCGAUGGAUCGCUGCUGGCCUGGGGAGACUCAGAAGGGAAGAUCGUGCUUGUUGACCUUACGAAGCCCGAUUCCCCUGAGGUACGUGCAAAACGCCCUUUUCAUACUUGCCGACGCGUCCAAUCCCUCGCAUUCCUUUCCAGCGGCAAGGGCGAGUUCCCCGUGUACAUCGCUGCCGGUGGGAACGACACGAACGUGCGCGUGUGGAAGAUCGCGGAUGCACAAUCCGUUUCUCUCGCCGUCGACAUUGUGAACGCGGUCCCGACCAGCGCUGGCGCGGUGUGGUGGCUCGGGCAUGCGGAGGGUGGCAAGGCUAAGCUUGCGGCAGGUGGUGAUGACGGGUGUGUGAGGGUUUGGGAGGUCACGUUGGCCUAG